UUAUGUUGAGCGCACGCGCGAACUCCCUACUCAGUGUGAAGAUGGCGCUGAACACGACUAAUCCGUCUCAGUUACUGCCACUGGAGCUGGUGGACAAAUGCAUUGGUUCGCGAAUUCAUAUUGUUAUGAAAAAUGAUAAGGAGAUUGUAGGAACACUGCUGGGUUUUGAUGAUUUUGUCAAAUGUGCAUUUCUUAACUCUAAUCCUUGGACAUGGUGCUUGAAGAUGUUACAGAAUUUGAGAUCACACCAGAAGGCAGAAGAAUCACAAAACUGGACCAAAUCUUAUUGAAUGGAAACAACAUAACUAUGCUUAUUCCUGGUGGUGAAGGUCCUGAAGUAUGAAUGGAACCCGUUGACUUUCAACUAAGUGAAUUUUUGAGUCUCUCGUACUUCUGUUUUCUUAUGUUCAUUUCUGUUUUUGACAUUUUUAGAGUUUAUUUUUUAUGACGGUUUCCAGAAAGUUACAUUAAUUUUUUUAUGUGGAAAGAAAUGUCUCAGAAGUGAGAGAUGAAUCAUGGUUUCGUGUAUGCAAAAAGAGAAAAUAAAGUUUUCUUUUUCACUAA